AUGAAAGUUUUCAUCUCACAUCUCAUCGGGUUUCUUCUUCUCGGAAUUGUACUGCCGACUGAUGCUUUGGAACGUCGCUAUAAGUAUGUGUUGAGAGAGACUCCAUACACAAGGCUUUGCACCAAUAAGACUAUCUUAACGAUAAACGGGCAAUUUCCAGGACCAACUAUAUAUGCCACUAAAGGUGAAACGAUCAUUGUUGAUGUUUAUAACCGAGCAAAUGCAAACAUCACUAUUCACUGGCAUGGAGUGAAAAUGCCGAGGUAUCCAUGGUCAGAUGGUCCUGAGUACGUCACACAAUGCCCAAUUCGACCUGGAACAAAGUUUAGCCAAAGGAUCGUGCUUUCAGAUGAGGAAGGAACUUUAUGGUGGCACGCUCAUAGUGAGUGGUCACGGGCAACUGUUUAUGGUGCAAUCGUUAUUUAUCCAAAGAAGAAAAACGACUAUCCCUUCCCCAAGCCUCAUGCAGAACAACUCAUCAUUCUAGGAGAGUGGUGGAAAAGUGACGUGGAAGAGGUUCUUAGUGAAUUCCUGGCAAGUGGAGGGGAUCCAAAUAAUUCCGAUGCGUUCCUUAUAAAUGGCCAACCUGGGGAUCUAUAUCCAUGCUCAAGAUCAGAUACAUUCAAGUUGACAGUGGACUAUGGAAAGACUUAUUUGCUCAGAAUGGUUAAUGCUGUCAUGAACAACAUUAUGUUCUUUAAAAUUGCAAACCACAAUAUAACUGUUGUUGGAUCAGAUGCGAGCUAUACUAAGCCCAUAAAUAGUGAUUAUAUUACCAUCUCUCCUGGCCAAACCAUUGAUUUUUUGUUAAAAGCUAACCAGAAACCUGGCCAUUACUACAUGGCUUCAAGGGUUUAUGCCAGUGCAGGCAUUUAUGACAACACGACUACAACAGCUAUUGUUAAGUAUCGAGGAAAAUAUACUCCACCAGCAUCGCUAUUAAUCCCAACUUUUCCUGAUUUCAAUGAUACGAGUGCUUCAGUUAAUUUCACAGGACAACUCAAAAGUUUAGCAACUAAGAAAUAUCCUGUUGAUGUUCCUUUAAAUGUGAAAACUAAAUUAUUCUUCACCCUUUCCAUCAAUACAAUCCCUUGCGCCAAUAGUUCAUGUGAGGGACCUUUCAACAACCGUCUUUCAGCAAGUGUGAAUAACAUAACCUUUCAGCUGCCUAGAAUCGACAUUCUUCAAGCUUAUUACGAGCAUAUCAAAGAUGUUUAUGAAAAUGACUUUCCGAAAAAUCCACCAUUUCAAUUCAAUUAUACUCAAGAUUUUGUCCCUCAAGACCUGUGGACGCCUCAAAAUGGGACAGAUGUAGUAGUUCUUGACUACAAUUCCACGGUGGAGCUUGUCUUCCAAGGAACAAACACAGUUGCAGGGAUAGAUCAUCCCAUGCACUUACAUGGACAUAGCUUUUACGUAGUUGGAUGGGGAAUGGGAAACUUUGAUAAAGAUGAAGACCCUAAACAUUAUAAUCUCGCAGACCCUCCUCUAAUGGAAACAAUUGCAGUUCCAAGAAACGGUUGGACAGCAAUCAGAUUCAAGGCAAAUAAUCCUGGAGUCUGGUUGAUGCAUUGCCAUUUUGAGCGUCAUAUAAGUUGGGGAAUGGGAAUGGUAUUCAUUGUUAAAAAUGGCAAGAGCCGAGAUGCUAAAUUGCUGCGUCCGCCUCCAGACAUGCCAAAGUGUUAA